AUGGACAAUGCACUUUUGGAAGUUCUUGUGGAGCACCACAACAAUGGUGACCAUGCCCAAAAUGGAUGGAAACCACAUGUAUACACUGCUGCUAUAAAAAAUGUAAGCGAGAAGUGCUCUGUUGAGAUCACAAAGGACAACAUACUGGCAAGGUGCAAAACAUUUGACAAGCACUAUGAAAUUAUUAGUAAGAUCCUUGCUCAAAGUGGAUUUGGAUGGGAUUGGGAGAAGAAUAAUCUCUCAAUUGAUAGUGAAGAUGUGUGGGCAAAAUAUGUGGAGAGCAACAAAGCUGCUGCCUGCUACAAGAACAAAGUUGUCAAGAACUGGGAUGCAAUUAGCCUCAUAUACUCCAAAGACCAUGCAACAGGGGAAGGUGCAAGGACUGCCGUUGAGAGUUCCCAUGAGCUUGCAGCUGAAUUAGGUGGUGACAAUGGUCAUGAAGGUAGUCCUACCAUCUCAUCUAGUCAUUGGGGCCAUGAAAGUAGCAAGGCAAAGAGGCACCGAACACAUGACGCACUUUGCAACUUUCUUAGAGAGAUUACUACUUCUUUUCAGGCUUCUACGAAGGCAGUUGAGCCUGUGGUAACUCAACCUACGAUAACUUCACCUGAAGAAAUAUUUGAAGCCCUCCAAGAGAUACCCGAUUUGGCCCAUGAAGAUAUUCUGAAAGCCUACCCUGUUCUUACUAGUGAUGAGCGUAAAUUUAAAUCUCUUAUGGCCCUACCCAUGGACAUGAGAAAGGAUUGGUUACUCAUGCAAAUCUGA